AUGACGUCGCCGACCUCGGCCCGCAUCAUCGCCCUCCCACCAUUCAAACCCGACCUCCACGAACGCGCCUGGGCCUCGAUUCCUCACCCGACGCUGCCCCUCCUCGCGACCGCCCACUCCAAGGCCGUCACCGUCUUCUCCCUGUCUACAGCCUCGGCUCACAGCACCCUCACUGGCGGCCACACCCGCUCCGUCCGCUCGGCGGCAUGGAAGCCUCACCUCCCCCCGCACCGGCUGUGCCUCGUCACGGGCAGCUUCGACUCGACGGCCGGCAUCUGGCGAUGGGACGGUGAUGAGGCGGCACAGCAGGGUGGUGAGCUGGAGGUUGAGGUGACACAGCGCGACGUGCGCCGGAAAAACGACGACGACAGCGACGACGACUCACCUGGCGAAAAGGACUGGGAGUUUACGCUGGUGCUGGAGGGCCACGACUCAGAGAUCAAGUCGUGCGCUUUCAGCCCUUCGGGCACGUACCUGGCGACCUGCUCGCGCGACAAGUCGGUCUGGAUUUGGGAAGACAUUGGCGCCUCCGAGGCUGACGACGAGUGGGAGACGAUCGCCGUCCUUAACGAGCAUGAGGGCGACGUCAAAGCCGUGGCAUGGUGUCCGGAUCUGCCCGGCCGCAACGCCAGGCGCAGCUACUCAUCCGAUGUGCUCGCCAGCGCCAGCUACGACAACACGGUGCGCAUCUGGCGCGAGGACGGAGAUGCGGAGUGGGUGUGCGUCGCCGUCCUCGAGGGCCACGAGGGCACAGUCUGGGGUAUCCAAUGGGAGUCUCGUCCACGACCAGGAGAUCUCUUCCCACGACUACUCACUUUCUCUGCCGAUGGAACGAUUCGCGUGUGGACGCUACGGCAAGAGGAGGACACUGAGGACGGCACAGUCACAGGUUCGAGGACCGCCCUAGGAGGCAUCCCCAACACGAUGCGUCGGUCCCUGCGGGAGGAGUGGACAUGCACAGCCGUCCUUCCAAAGGCACAUACCCGCGACAUCUACUCGGUAACCUGGAGCGCGCAGACGGGACUCGUGGCGAGCACCGGAAGCGACGGCGUCGUGGCGCUGUACACGGAGGAUAACUCGGGCGGAGAUAUCCCGGUGACGGGCAACUCAACCAACGCCGAGGAAGCCCAACAAUCUUCGCCAUCUACAUCUGCACCUCCAUCUACGCCAUGGAGGUUGCUCGCGACCCACUCCGGCGCUCACGGCCCCUACGAGAUCAACCACAUUACCUGGUGUCGGAGAUACGAUGCCGGAUCCGAGCGUCGCGGCGAGGAAGAGAUGCUGGUUACUACGGGCGAUGACGGGAUAGUGCGGCCGUGGCAGGUUGAGGUCGAUGCGCCAAGGUAG